AACUCGAGGAAUGAGAAGUUUGACAUCAAUCGGUCUGCAAACCGGGGCUCCGCCCGGUCCCCUUCCCGUUCAGCUUUCCCAUUCAUUCCGCCUGGAAUCAGGAGGGAUUUAGAAGCAAGGGGCUGCCCGCAGCGGAUCCCGCUGAUGCCCAGGCCGGGGAGAAAGCGGGUUAGGAUCAGAUCCCGCGGCACAGAGGAGCCAGGAGCCGCCCGCCCUCGGUGCUCGGAGCGGCGGGGGCGCGCUGCGUGCUGCGCCUGGGCAGGCGGCGGCGGCGGCGUGGGCGCCGUGAUGCAGGUGUGACAGCCGCGGACUCCUGCCUCCGCCGGGAUCGCCCCAGCGCCGCACCCGCAUCCCUCCCGCCAGCCCGCGGGUUUCCCACCCAGGGCAUAACCUUCAGUAGCAGAACAAAUCAGGCCAGCCAGCAAGCUGCCAAGUCCUGUGGGCUUCUUGUCAAGGGAAACAGCUGGCCCCAUUUCUAAUCAACAUCUCCCCCACGAAAACACUGCUGGGUCACUGAAGGAGACGAGACCAGAAUUUGAAACUUUCCAAAGACUUGCAAUAGACACUGAAUGCAAAAGGAUUCUUACAUUGUCCCAAAUCUUCUGUUUGGGAGACUAGAGGGAGAAUCACCCAAGGAGUCACAUGAACAGAUUCUACAUUUAGACCUCUGCACAUAUAAUGGGUAAUGGUUAUUGAAACAGCCCAAACCUCUACCACGGUGCGAGGGAUAUAGCUUGCAAGACCAUCAGGCAGUCACAGAACCAAGGGAUGGAUGACUACAAGUACCAGGACAACUAUGAGGGCUAUGCCCCCAGUGAUGGCUAUUACCGUGGAAAUGAGUCCAACCCGGAGGAAGAUGCACAGAGUGAUGUUACAGAAGGCCACGAUGAGGAGGAUGAAAUCUAUGAGGGCGAGUACCAGGGCAUCCCUCACCCAGAUGACAUCAAGGCCAAGCAGGCCAAGAUGGCGCCCUCCAGAGCGGAUGGCCUUCGGGGCCAAGCUGACCUGAUGGCCGAGAGGAUGGAAGAUGAGGAGCAGCUGGCCCACCAGUACGAGACCAUCAUUGAGGAGUGCGGCCACGGCCGUUUCCAGUGGAUCCUCUUUUUUGUCUUGGGUUUGGCUCUGAUGGCUGAUGGAGUGGAGGUGUUCGUGGUGAGUUUUGUCCUACCCAGUGCAGAGAAGGACAUGUGUCUGUCCAGUUCCAAAAAAGGAAUGCUUGGGCUGAUAGUCUACCUAGGAAUGAUGGCGGGGGCCUUCGUCCUGGGGGGCCUCGCCGAUAAGCUGGGGAGGAAGAAAGCCCUCAGCAUGUCUCUGGCCCUCAACGCCUCCUUCGCCUCCCUCUCCUCCUUCAUGCAGGGAUACGGAGCCUUCCUCUUCUGCCGACUCCUCUCGGGCAUAGGGAUUGGGGGUGCUCUGCCUAUUGUUUUUGCCUAUUUUUCGGAAUUCUUGUCCCGGGAGAAGCGAGGAGAACACCUCAGUUGGCUGGGCAUCUUCUGGAUGACUGGGGGCAUUUAUGCAUCUGCCAUGGCCUGGAGCAUCAUUCCGCACUAUGGCUGGGGCUUCAGCAUGGGCACCAACUACCACUUCCACAGCUGGCGAGUGUUCGUCAUCAUCUGCGCUCUGCCCUGCACCGUGUCCAUGGUGGCCCUGAGGUUCAUGCCAGAGAGCCCACGGUUCCUGCUGGAGAUGGGCAAACACGAUGAAGCCUGGAUGAUUCUCAAGCAAGUCCAUGAUACCAACAUGAGGGCGAGGGGGACCCCCGAGAAGGUGUUCACGGUGUCUCAUAUCAAAACUCCCAAGCAGAUGGAUGAAUUCAUUGAGAUCCAAAGUUCCACAGGAACUUGGUACCAGCGCUGGCUGGUCAGGUUCAAGACCAUAUUCAAUCAGGUCUGGGAUAAUGCUAUGUACUGUGUGAUGGGGCCCUACCGGAUGAACACGCUGAUUCUGGCUGUGGUCUGGUUCACCAUGGCUUUAAGCUACUAUGGACUGACGGUUUGGUUCCCUGAUAUGAUCCGGUAUUUUCAGGACGUAGACUACAAGUCCAAAGUGAGGACUUUUACCAGUGAGCACGUGUAUGGCGCCACCAUCAACUUCACGAUGGAGAAUCAGAUUCACCAACACGGGAAACUUGUGAAUGACAAGUUCAUAAAGAUGCACUUUAGGCAUGUACUCUUUGAGGACAUGUUCUUUGAUGAGUGCUAUUUUGAAGAUGUUACAUCUACUGAUACCUAUUUCAAAAAUUGCACCAUUGAAUCAACCACCUUCUACAACACAGACCUCUACAAGCAUAAGUUCAUCAACUGCCGGUUUAUCAACAGCACCUUCAAGGAGCUGAAAAUAGGCUGCCACAUGGAUUUCGAGCAAGAUAAUGACUUCCUGACUUACCUCGUCAGCUUCCUUGGCAGUCUGUCUGUGCUGCCUGGGAACAUCAUUUCCGCCCUGCUCAUGGAUAAAGUUGGAAGGCUCAAGAUGAUCGGUGGCUCCAUGCUAAUCUCUGCCAUCUGCUGCUUCUUCCUGUUUUUUGGCCAGAGUGAGUCUAAGAUGAUUGGGUGGCAGUGCCUGUUCUUCGGGACCAGCAUUGCUGCCUGGAAUGCUCUGGAUGUGAUCACGGUGGAGCUGUAUCCUACCAACCAGAGGGCCACGGCCUUUGGCAUCCUCAAUGGAUUAUGCAAAUUUGGCGCCAUCCUGGGAAACACCAUUUUUGCUUCUUUUGUGGGGGUAACCAUUGUGGUCCCCAUCCUUCUGGCUGCUGCUUCUCUCGUUGGGGGUGGCCUGAUUGCUCUCCGACUACCAGAGACCCGAGAACAGGUCCUGAUGUGAACAACCUCUGGGGAAAGAAAAUGUUGGAAGAACUUUAUCCAGGAACCUUAAAUGCACCCACGCUUCCUGUCUGUCACUGACCAGAGGACACUGUCCAGAGGAUACAGGAGAAGAAGUCAAUUUUGUGACUCCUAGUUUAGGAUCUAUUUCAGCUAUCAGUAUGCUUGUAACUCAGGUGAUUGAUUUGGGGGUGUCCUGAAUCACGUUUAGAAUCCCAGAGCUGUGUUCUUGGCUUUGGGUCUCCCUGACCCAGGGCAGGGGAAGAGGGAUAACAUUUUCCAGAGGGUGCACACACUGACCAAGUGGUGUGUGUUCCCCCAGAGUGAGGUGCAAAGAGUUAUUUGCAUUUCAGCAUGAAUUUGAGGGUGAGAAACAUUUAAGCUCCUCCUCCAUAAAGUUCCUUGGAGCCCAAUCCCCUAGAAAACUGACUCACCAGGAAGUUAGAGUCAUAUAAACAGUGGGCUUGAAAUACAGGAUACUUCUAUUUUUGCAUUGAAAAGGGUCAUCAGUCAUCUGUUCCAUUUAAAAAUUGGCACCAUAACAUCGAAGCUACUCUAUUAUAGAAAACCAAAUACUUGAGCAAUAUCUAUACAAAUCUACUCAUCCCCCACCAGGUGCCCUAAGUUUCCCGUGAGGAUUAAGUGGUAAAUUUAAGGAUGCUGACCAUUCCUGUUUCCAGCUAUUCAAAGUGACUUCAUGCAACGGGUAUCCUAUCAACGAACUUCCUUUGUACAUAACUAUAUUCGGAUUUAAUUUGCGGAAAUGGUAUCUGCAAAUAUUUGCCACCACUUUAGCCAUAUUUUGGGAGGAGUUGGCGUUUGAGGUCCCAGGAAAUUGGGUCUGAUUGAAAGAAAUGCAAGCACAAUAGCUUAUAGCCAUUUAACCUGCUGUCCGGAGGAUGCACUUGGCAAACUCCCGUUGUAUAGAUCAUUUAAUCCCAGGCGCUGCUCUUCAUGUAGGUGGAGCAGAUACUUUUACACAGAUCACUUGUGAAACUCAAGUUCACCAUCGUGAGCACUGGCAUUUGAUGCUGCCGCCCACCCGGAAAGAGCAUGAGAAGGAUUCAGGGGCUUCUGGAGAAUAUUCUCAUCCCUUUGGAGACAAGAAUAAAACACAGUGGACAACAGGGGUGAUUGAGGGAGGGAAGGGGAGGGGUAGCCACAGUGCUCCAAAGCGUAAAUUCUUUGUUUCUCUUAGCUGUAAAACAUGAGCCGUGUUUGUUAUCAUGGUCAGGUCCCAUGAGAAAUCUACGCUCCGUGUCUCAGUUCAGGACUUUUGAAACAGAUGUCAUUGGCAUGGGAAUUAGGGAAUAUGGUGGAUGUCAAAUAUGUUUUCCUUCAGGGCUCCAAGAGAACUUUUUCCUGAGACCCGUUUGGAGCAUGAACGGGGGUGGGGAAACUUGGACAAACUGCUUUGAGCGGAGAUCAGCAGUAGACUGAAGUCACAACAAUGCAGGAAAGGAACGCUUCGGACACCAGAACCUUCUAGCACGGAAGGACAGUGAGCCAUGAGCUCAUGCCCCUGGGGGCUGAGCUGGCCGAGGCCAGGAGAACAUCGGUUUGCAAGAACUUGUUCUUUAAGUUGAUUUCAGUGUUCUCAGUGCUGCAAAUGCCAUAUGUCCCCUACCAGAAAUCUCCAAAAAAUUAAACAGGAUAAUGAUGAGCGCAUGGAACGUUUUGUCAGCUUUAGAGAAACACUCAGGCCCCAUGCAUGAUAGCUUCAGGCCCUCUUUCUGUUAUUCUCUGGAGUAACAAACAGGUUGACGGAAGGAAAAAGUAAAUAUUAUGAAACCUCCUACCCUGGAUCUGAGGUCAGUUUUAAUGGUUAAAAUGUUUACUCUGCUUCUCUUGUCCCCUACCUCUUUAUUCACUUUUUUUUUUCUGCCCAGGAAAGGAAGACAUCUUAACUCUGAUUUGUACCCCGAUCCCCCCAGAUAUAUAACCAUACUAUUGUGGGCUAAUGAUUCCUCUCAGUGUUUUGCAAGAGCAACCUAACUUAAAUGCUACAGCCAUAAUGAGAAGCCCAAUGUAACUUAGCUGUAAUAUACUUCCCAUUGUAAAUCGGAGGUGGUCACAUUCCUUGUAACAUGAUUCUUCAAUGAGAUAUGAUUUAAUGAGCAGCUGCCAUUUAAGAAAUUUACAAAGCAGUUAAAGUCUGCAUUUCUAGUGAAGAUGGAUCUUGGACAUCUAACAUCAGAUUUGUUUUUGAGUGUUAAGGUGGCCGCCAUAAUUUGGGGGUCACUUCUGUAUUACCUUUAUGGCUCCUUAAAACUGACCAAGGGCAAUUCCUGUCUCAUCUAUCACGUAAGCCUUUAUAAAGGAUGCAGCCAUGCCCUGCAGACUUUCCUCAUGAAGAAUGGUCUGCUACUGGUACUCGGCCAUGUCUCAAGUGCUGUCAUUCCUGCUGAGAUAAAUGCGUCUUUGAAAAUAGUCCCUGUGCAGGACAUUGGUGGGGGGGGGGGUGAAUCACGCACAGCACAUCUGGCCAGGCAUUUCUUUUUCGUUUCGAGUUCUGCCAGGAGGAAGUCCCCAUGGCAUCCUUGGAGAGCAGAAGGAUGAGGUUCUUCUUCGCUGAGCAAAACUGUUGCAGUUCAUGAUGUAUUUUAUGAUGCCCAUUUUGGGAGUAGUUACUUUUAACAGCCUCCACUGUGUUGUGUCAUCUCUUGAUGCCGAUUUUUGACCUUCUGUUUCAUUGGAAAUAAUUAGUGAAAGGGGUGCGCCUAUUUGUGAAGUAGCACUUGCACCUGAGGUCAUGAAUAACCGCAUCCCCAGGAUUCCCUGCCACCUUGUAUUAGCUCACUAAAAAUAAUAAUAAAAAUCAUUGUAAACAAAC